AUGGGCUAUGAUUUGUUGAAUCGAGCCCAUGCAUCCAGUGUGGAGAUCAGUGAAAAGUGCAUCUCAACAUGCAAGCAGAUAGCGCAGCGCACUCUCACAUAUGCCAUCUACAACUUGGAUAAGGAAAAUGCUAAGAUUAUUGUGGAGAAGAGCUCCACCGGAAGCUAUGAUGAAUUUGUCAAUGAUCUACCCCAGGACGAAUGUCGAUGGGGUGUUUUCGACUUGGAGUUCAAGUCCAAGUUAGAUGGAACCGAUCAUAGCAGAAUGCUUUUAUUUAAAUGGUAUGUUCAUUUUAUCGCCCGUUUCAGCAACUCUCAAGUUGAGAAAUUGAUUAAUGACCGGGUUUUGAGGUCACCUAGUUCAGCGGGGAUCAAACAGAAGCUUGAUCUCAAUAAGGAAACAGAUGCCUUGAAGGAAUCGCUCACUGGGGUAACUGGGGUUAUACAGGCAACGGAUUACGAUGACAUUGACCAUGAAACUGUGUUGGGAAAGGUGGGAGGCAGCAACGAGUAG